GUCCUAUAUUUUUCAUACGAAGCAAUGCUAAGAACAACAGCUUGGAUAUCUAUUCUUUUUCAUUUAAUUGUUCCAAACUUUGCAAAUAGCAAUGUGGUUGGACCAGAUUGCAAGAAGCCGUUUGACAUUUACUUUGUCAUUGACGGAUCAGAUAGCAUAUCUGAGUCCGAUUUCUAUCUACUUAAAAAAUCCAUUUUUGACCUUGUGGACCAGUUAAAUAUUGGCGAUGGGAAUGGACGUAUGGGAAUCUUGGUGUAUAGUAGCUCUAUCGAAACAAUGGUGGAGCCAUCCACUGACAGAGACUAUCUUAAAGAGCACGCCAUGAAUUUACCCCAUCCCCGAAUGGGCACGGAUACAGCUGUUGGAAUCAAAGUCAUGACCGAAAUUUUCCAAGUAGCAAAGAGACCUGGAGUUCCCCAAAUCGGAGUUGUUAUCACUGACGGCUUAUCAAUGAAUCCCAUGGAUACUUCUCGUGAAGCUAGAUUAGCUAAGGACAUAGGGAUACAUAUGUAUGCUGUCGGCGUGUCUGAAAACACUGAUAUAGACGAGCUGAAUAGUAUUGCUUCCUCCAGUGCCAGUGUUUUGUCCGUGAAGUCGUUUGGAAUAUUGGCAUCCAGUUUACAAGAAUUUGUACAACUUGUAUGUCCGACUACAACAACUACCACAACCACCACACCCGCACCAACGACAACAACUAUUCCCACAACCACACCUGAGGGCGCCACGCCUCCGUUGCCGCCAACAAUGGCGCCGGGAAUAGGACCAUGCGAUAACUGCAAAAUGUUGAACGGAGUAGGCUUCAAUUCCCACCCAGAUGACUGUGAUAAAUUUGUCCAAUGUUAUUUCGGAUCAAACGGAAAACUUCGUGUUGCCUAUCGGCAAUGUCCGUAUGGUCAAUACUGGGACCAGGAUGUGCUCACUUGCCGACCUUCUGAACAAGUUCCAUGUGAGAAAGAAAAAUGCCGUAACCCCCGAAUCAUGUCGUAUGCUUACGGUAACACAGGAAAUUGCAGAGCCCAUUGGGCCUGUAACUUUGGCAAAGCGACAGCGACCUGUUGUCCAGAGGGCCUACGAUACAUCCCGUACAGAGGUUGCAAAAGAGACAAGAAAUGUACCGAUCCAUGCCCACCAUCCUUCCACCAGGAAGGUCCCUGCGACACCAGAAUGAUCUUUGGCGAAGCAGGAAAAUUCGAACAAUUUGUCAGUGGCCUAGGAUGGGUAAAAAUGCCCUGUGCUCCUGGAACCCAGUAUGAUCCGAACACUUGUCAAUGUUCUUUACACGACUCAUUUUUACCAGGGAAAGAGUGCAAAGCAGAACUAUACAUACCUUUCAGCAGCGAUGCCAAGGAUUAUUCUGGAAACCAACUUUAUGUGGAAAAUCAAAACGUUACCGUUAUCGGAAAUGGUCUGGGUUACUUUGACGGUAACGCCCGCCUGAUCAUUAAUCGUUUCUCUAACAUUGACUUUUACACUGAUUUAGUCAUUAAGAUGAGAUAUUUGGACGACCCAGGAGCGAGUUCAACUGGUCUACAAGCUCUGUUCAGCAAUGGUGACUGUUGUGAUAAUGCAGCCACAAUGAUGCUAGUCAAAAGCAGAAAUAAUCUUCAUUUUAUGGCAAAAACAGAGGUGAAGUCAAACAAUGAGACGAUUGAUCGAAUAACCGCAUUUCAUCUUCCGGCUAUGCGUGGAAACUGGAACGAGGUAUACUACAUGCACGACACCAAGUCUCUUGAGGGAAAGGUGAACGGAAUAGGAUUAGAAAACUGGGCCUAUGGUCCCAUCAAGCGAUCUAAGGCCGCUUUACAUAUUGGCUACAGCAGAGGGUUUCGGAACUUUAAAGGCUACAUGGACUACAUAGCGGUGUUUCUCUGUAGACCGCGCUACCUUUGCGCCAUUUGUCUUGAAAUUCAGAAGUGUAAAAGCUUUCUCUACAACAGAGAAACAAAACAUACACAAAUCUUAACGUCCAUCGAGAGCCCGAGUAGCCCAACAGCUGUAAACAUGGGAAACUGGAAGUACUAUGUCAUUAAAUCAGAACCCCGGAUAUGUGACAUCGGAUGGGAGAAAUUUGAAGAGUCGUGCUACCUAUUCAGUCUCUCCAGUGGCAGCUGGCAAAGCGGCAAAUCGUUUUGUGAAGGCCAGGGAGGCUAUCUUGUUGAAAUUACCAGCUUGGUGGAAGACACAUUUGUCAGAGAUUACGUCAGAACCAGGGGUCUCACGGCCAUAGACAAACGCGAUAGCUGGAUUGGAGGUACCGACGUGGCGUUGGAGAACACGUUCGUUUGGACCGGAAGUGGAGAAACCUUUACGUAUUCAAACUGGGGUCCAAAUAAUCCGGAUAACAACAACGGGAACCAGCACUGCACUAUACUGUACCAGCCGUCAGAUUAUAAGUGGCACGACACAGAGUGCACAAAUACCAAUAGCUAUAUUUGCGAAAAAUAAAGACAUAAUUUUGUUUGCAGAAACACAAUACACUUAUAUGACCAUGUUUGCAGAAAAUACAAAACUACAGAAUUGCAUUAUUUUUCUUUGCAGUAACACAUUACACAAAUAUCAAUAACUAUACUAGUAUGUAACAUAAACACUUGUAUCAUUUUGGUUUACAAAAACACUGUAGUCAACAAUGUCAGAUAAUGGACUAAACCAGUAACUCUAUUUCGUAGUUUUAAAGAUUUAGAGACACUCCUUUUGCACAUUCCUGUUUUUAUGCCCUGUCGGUCAAAUUGACCGGUGCGGUAGAGAAAGGGUUAAUGUGUUUCUGAAAAAAAUAUAGUAUAAAUCGAGGACACACUUUUCUUUUACGAUAAAUAAUCAUACAUUGGUUUGUUGUUUUACGUCCCAUCAAGAAUUUCUCACUCAUAGAGGGGCGUUAACAACUAGUGAAGUGUCAUAGAGACGUUAACAACCGGUGAAGUGUUAUAGAGGGACGUUAACAGCUGGUGAAGUGUCAUAGAGACGACAACUGGUGAAGUGUUAUAGAGGGACGUUAACAGCUGGUGAAGUGUCAUAGAGACGACAACUGGUGAAGUGUUAUAGAGGGACGUUAACAGUUGGUGAAGUGUUAUAGAGGGACGUUAACAACUGGUGAAGUGUUAUAGAGACGUUAACAACCGGUGAAGUGUUAUAGAGGGACGUUAACAGCUGGUGAAGUGUCAUAGAGACGACAACUGGUGAACUGUUAUAGAGACGUUAACAACUGGUGAAGUGUUAUAGAGACGUUAACAACCGGUGAAGUGUUAUAGAGGGACGUUAACAACUGGUGAAGUGUCAUAGAGACGUUAACAACUGGUGAAGUGUCAUAGAGACGUUAACAGUUGGUGAAGUUUAAUAUAGAAACGUUAACAGUUGGUGAAGUUUCAUCAUAUAGGGACGUUACCAGCUGGUGAAAUGUCAUAUAUUUUGAUAUUUGGUUAGUUCUCAAGGUUGUAAGGAUGUUCUUAUCAUUAGGUUUGAAUCGGCUGCCGGGAUCAGGAUUAGAACCAGCUAGCGACCUCCCGGAUGGAAGAACCUCUGAGCUAUCACGACCGGUCACAAAAAGGUUAGGAUCGCCCUAAACGCUGAGCUAUCACGACAGGUCACAUAAAGGUCAGGAUCGCCCUAAUCUGUGAGCCAUCACCGGUCACAUAAAGGUCAGGAUCGCCCUAAUCUGUGAACCAUCACUGACCGGUCACAUAAAGGUCAGGAUCGCCCUAAACUCUGAGCUAUCACGACCAGUCACAUAAAGGUCAGGAUCGCCAUAUUCUGUGAACCAUCACUGACCGGUCACAUAAAGGUCAGGAUCGCCCUAAUCUGUGAGCCAUCACCGGUCACAUAAAGGUCAGGAUCGCCCUAAUCUGUGAACCAUCACUGACCGGUCACAUAAAGGUCAGGAUCGCCCUAAACUCUGAGCUAUCACGACCAGUCACAUAAAGGUCAGGAUCGCCAUAUUCUGUGAACCAUCACUGACCGGUCACAUAAAGGUCAGGAUCGCCCUAAACUCUGAGCUAUCACUGUCCGGUGAUAUUGAGGUCAGGAUCGCCCUAAUCACUGACUGAUAACAUAAAGGUCAUGCUAUGUUAUUGAAAAACAAAGGCCAUCACAGUAAUUGUUACGGCGACUAGUCGGCCAAAAACUAUGAAUUUUUUUUUUAUUUUCCAAGUCCAAAGUGCACAACUCGUCCACAACUCUUCAAUCAGAAUCAAAUGAGAACUUGACUUUGAUAUUCUCUUGAUGUAUCUAUGUACCAACUUUCAGUUGAAUAGGACGGGCAAGGAUAACGUACAUUAUGUGCCCCUGCAUAUAGGGCAUAAAAAAUCAAUACCAUUUGUUAAUUAUUUAAUGUAUGCCUGUAAAGUCUAAUAAAAUAAUUCACUGGUAUGGA